CUCCCGAAAUACUUUCGCAACUCUGGUGAACAUAUCCGCAACACCAUUACUCCCCAGACAUAAAUAAAUAAAUAAAAAUGUGACGGAAACUGUUUUUAGAUUGAAUUUCCAAUUGAAACUCAAUAGGCAACUUUCUAGGGGUUUAAUAGAUUGCGGAGAAUGAUUUCCCCUCGUUAAUUACCCGGCAUUGAGGUGUAUAUUAAUCUCGUGAACUUUGGAAUCGCAUAAAUUCCAGAGGAUGAUCGACAAUUUAACGAGUUAUGGACCACAAUCAUUUGAAAUGCCUCUGAGGAAAAUUAACGUUCUGGAACUCGCGGGUCUCGCUCCGGGCCCUUUCUGCGGGAUGAUCCUCGCCGAUUUUGGAGCCACUGUCAUCCGUGUGGAUAAGAUAGGGUUAAAACAACGCGAUUACGUGGCGCAUGGAAAAAGAUCGAUUGCCUUGAAUUUAAAGUCUCCGAAAGGAGCGGAAAUAUUCAGAAAACUGAGUAACAAAAGUGAUGUCGUAAUAGAUCCAUUCAGAAAGGGUGUGAUGGAACGAUUGAAGCUAGGCCCUGAGGACCUCAUGAAGACCAACAAAAUGCUGAUCUACGCCAGACUCACUGGAUUUGGGCAGGAAGGCCCCUACGCCAGGAUGGCAGGCCACGACAUAAACUUCCUUGGUUUAUCAGGACUCCUGUCCCUCUUCGGUCGAGCCAAUCAGAAGCCAACACCUCCCGUCAAUUUUGCAGCGGAUUUUGCCGGUGGAGGACUGACCUGUGCUCUGGGAAUCGUCAUGGCUCUUUAUGAGAGAACUCAGAGCCAGAUGGGGCAGGUCAUCGAUGCCUCCAUGGUGGAGGGCUCUGCCUACGUUGGGAGCUGGCUGUUCAGGACACAGAAGAGUAUUCUAUGGGGAAGACCACGGGGACAGAAUGUAUUGGACUCCGGUGCUCACUUCUACGACACAUACGAAACCCAGGACGGAAAAUUCAUGGCAGUGGGUGCCCUAGAGCCCAACUUCUACUCAAUAUUCCUGGAGAAGCUGGGCCUCACCGACGACGACGUGCCCCAGCUCUCGAACUUCGAGGAGAGCAAGGCGAAGUUGUCAGAAAUAUUCAAGCAGAAGACCCAGGAGGAGUGGAGUAGAAUCUUCGACGGGACCGACGCCUGCGUGACUCCAGUGCUGUCCCUGGAGGAAGCCCCAAGACAUCCCCACAAUAAAUUCCAGGAUUCUUUUGCUGUCACCAAGAAUGGAACUGUUGUUCCCAAACCGUCUCCAAGGUUGUCCAGAACCCCUGGAAAAUCAAAUUUCGAGGGGGUGAAUCCAGUGCCUGGGGAGAACUCCAGGGAAAUACUGGCAGAAUUUGGGUUUGGGAAGGAUGAAAUUAACGAAUAUGUCUCUUCAGGAGUUGUCCAACAGGUUCUUAGAAAAUCAAAGCUAUAGUUAAUUAUAUUAUUUUUUAUAAUUAUUUUUUUUAUUCAU